AUGAAAACAAAAUGUGCCAAGUAUGAAAGCGAUGUUGCUAAAGCUGAGGAAGCGAAAAAUGAAGUUAUUGUGAGGCUUUCCAAAGAAGAAGCUAAAGUGAAGGGCCUUGACGGUCAGCUCCAGCAUAAGGAAAACAACCUGAGAAUUUUGGAAAACCAAAUUAGCAAACACGUGGAUAGGAAUGAGUUUCUACAACAGCAACUAGAAGAAGUAGAGUCUCAGAAGCAACAGAAGGAAGUAGCACUAACUAAAAUGGAAGGGAGACUGCAAGGUGGAAUAAAUGAGAUUGAUGGUCUGCAACAGAGAAUAGCAGAGCUACAGUGUGAGUGCUUGACAUUGAAAGAAGCAGAAAGCUGCACAAAGACUAAGUUUGAAGAGAAACUGCAACUAGAGCAACAGAACACUGACCAACUACACAGACAUUUAGAGGAAGAGCAGGGCAAAGCAGCUAAAAAGGAAAUAAUUAUUCAACAGGUAAGGUCACUGUUAACAUUUGGUGAAGGGAGAGCACAUGUAUGUGAUGAAAACUCGAGAGCAAUGGAAACUGAACUGCAUAAAUGCAGAGAGUUGAUGACACUUGAACAAGAAAAUCACUCAAAAUGCAAAUUAGAAAAGAAGUUGUUUGAAACAAAGCUGCAGGAGAGUGAGUCCAGUAGGCAUGCUCUAGAGAAUGAAUUAGAAAAGACGAAGAGAGAGCUAAGUGCUUUUCAAGAAGCACAUGAACGUUGCAGAAAGUAUUGCACUGAGCGAAACGAGGCAAGUGAUGAGCUUGUGAAGUUGGGAAAACUAAGCAAGUGCCCAUCAUCACCAAUACUACUAACACGAAAGGGUGCAGGUUUGAUGGAUAGUAGUUGCAAGUCACAGCAAAAGUUGGAAGGUUUAGCUAGACAGGGCACUGGGGAUCAAGACAUGAAAAAUCCUACAGUAUUACUUUUGCAGCAAGCAAAGUCUAGAUCUGUAGCUCCAGUGACUUCUAGUGGUAACGCAAAUCAUGUUGAUGGUUCAUCUCGUAAACACCUAAUUGCUACUACCUCAUUACCCGUCAAUCAACCAGGAGUUUUCAAGACAUAA